UGAAUUUGUCCUAAUUUUCCUCGUACGGGAUGUUGUCUUUGGCCUCGUCGCCUCGUUACAAAUAAAGUUGUGCGAAAAGAGGCUCGAGCAAACUGAAAAACUUUGCGGCUUCAUUAGCGGCGUCUAAAGAUAUGCUCGUUUCUGCAGCGCGCGUGCCGCCUCGGUUCUUCGUCUUCGUAGCGUCUCGUGCCGGCAGAUUCCUCGCUCAUUCUGCGGUUGCCUGUCGUGUUCCAAAGAUCAGCGCGCGCCUGGGGAUCUUCCGAUCACUUUGCGCCCUCAGGAACACCGCAAUGUCUGGCGAGAACAGAUCAGACCGCCUUCCUGCCAACGUUAAGCCGGUGAACUACAAUAUUGAGCUGAAGCCCGACCUCAAGAAGCUCGCAUUUGACGGCCGAACGGUUGUGACAUUAGAGAUACUAGAGUCAAUUGAUGUCCUCGUCCUCAAUUCACUUGACCUGGACAUCAAGUCUGCCGAGUACAUUUCUGAUGAAGGAAAAGAACACAAGGUGAGCAGCAUCGCCGCAUCCAAGGAAGAAGAGAGGAUCACUAUAAAGUUUGACACUGUGCUAACCCCAGGCACUGGAAAGCUUGUAAUAUCCUAUUCAGGUGAAAUGAAUGGAAAGUUGAAAGGCUUUUACUGGGUAAAAUAUAAAGGACAAAAUGGUGAAGACAAGUUUGGAGGUGUCACUCAUUUUGAGCCGACUGAUGCUCGACGAGCUUUUCCUUGCUGGGAUGAACCAGCCUUGAAGGCGUCCUUUGAUCUAACACUCAUCGUCCCCAAGGGCUACACGGCUCUCUCCAACACCAAUGUCGUCUUGGAUCUUGACUGCCCUGGAGACCCAAUGCUGCACAUGAUCACAUUUGCCACAACCCCGAAGAUGCCCACCUACCUGGUGGCCUUUGUUCUGGGCGAGUAUGAUUAUGUUGAAGGAACUUCGGAUGACGGCGUUUUAGUCAGAAUCUACACGCCCAAAGGCAAAAGCGAGCAAGGAAAUUAUGCUCUUGAGGUAGCUACCCGUGCUUUGCCCUACUACAAAAGCUACUUUGGGAUUGCCUACCCACUGCCAAAAAUGGACUUGAUUGCUGUACCUGACCUUGCUGCAGCUGCUAUGGAAAACUGGGGUCUCGUGACUCAUCGCGAGUCGGCUCUUCUUGUUGAUGAACAGAACACAUCUGCUGAAAGGAAACAGAACAUUGCCCUGGUUGUCACGCAUGAAAUUGCCCACCAAUGGUUUGGCAAUCUAGUUACCAUGGAAUGGUGGACUCAUUUGUGGCUCAAUGAGGGUUUUGCAUCCUUCAUCGAGUUUCUCUGUGUGGAUUACUUGUUUCCAAAGUACCACAUCUGGACGCAGUUCGUUACCGACUGCUACGCUCAAGCAAUGGAACUAGAUGCAUUGCAAAACAGCCAUCCUAUUGAGGUGCCUGUACGACAUCCCAGUGAGAUAGAUGAAAUCUUUGAUGAUAUUUCAUAUCACAAAGGUGCUUCAGUUAUCAGAAUGCUCCACAACUACAUUGGGGAUGAUAAAUUCAGGGAAGGCAUGAACCUGUACUUGACCAAGCACAAGUACGGUAACACAACGACGGAGGACCUGUGGCACUGCCUGGGUGAAGUUUGUCACGUCCCUGUGGAGGCCAUCAUGAACACCUGGGUUAAACAGAAGGGCUACCCUGUGAUAUCUGUAACAAGCAAACAGGAUGGGGCUAACCGGGUGCUCAUGUUCACCCAGGAGAAGUUCAACGCAGAUGGCAAAGUCUCGAAGGAUGGCUCUCUCUGGAUGGUUCCAAUCAGCAUCACAACCUCAAAAGCACCCAACACGAUCGUGAAGCAAUUCCUGCUGGACUCUGCUUCAUCGGUACUCAUACUUGAUGGUGUGUCAUCUUCCGAGUGGGUCAAGAUCAAUGUUGGAACUGUUGGCUGCUACAGAACCUUGUACAGUUCUGAAAUGCUAUCUCAGCUGAUCCCUGCUGUGGAAAACAAGACUUUGCCUCCAUUGGACCGGCUGGGUCUUCAGAGUGACUUGUUCGCUCUUGUGCAAAGUGGCCACAAAUCGACUGUUGAUAUCCUUCGCCUGAUGGAGGCUUAUGUGGAAGAAGACAACUAUACUGUCUGGAACUCCAUCAACUCAUGUCUGGGCAAACUAAAUCAGUUGCUUUCGCAUACUGACAUGCAGCCACUUUUGCACGUCUACGGCCGACGGCUCCUAGCCAGCAUUUUCAGCAAGCUAGGCUGGGACCCCAAACCUGAUGAAAGUCACUUGGCUACGCUGUUGAGGAGCACUGUAAUCGACCGUCUCGCUCGUUUCAAGGAUCCAGAUGUUUUGGCUGAAGCCCGAAGGAGGCUUGAUGCCCACAUCGCAGGAAAGGCCAUAAUUCCGGCUGACAUUCGUGGUGCUGUGUACCAGGCAGCAGCGUCGAUUGCAGAUCGAAAGCUGUACAAUGAGUUCCUAAAGCUCUACAGAAGCACUGACCUUCAGGAGGAGAAGAAUCGACUCUCGGCUGCCCUGGCUGGUGUUACAAACCCAGAACUCAUUCAAGCGACCCUUGAGUUUGCUCUUUCAGACGAAGUGAAGUCGCAAGAUGCUGUCUUUGUCAUCAUCUACUGUGCCAUCACUGCCGUGGGCCGGGACCUCACAUGGAGGUUUUUCGAGAACAACAAGGAUGCUGUUAGGAAGCGCUAUGGCUCUGGCUUCCUUAUUGCAAGGCUUGUCAAGUGCAUCACUGAAAAUUUUGCAACUGAGGAGAAAGCUUUGGAGAUAGAGUUGUUCUUCAGCCAGAACUACUUUCCUGGUGUGGAGCGUGUCGUCCAGCAGUCCCUGGAGAACAUCAGGCUGAAUGCGGCGUGGAUCGCUAGGGAUACUGAAUGUGUGCGGAAGUUUCUAAAGGAGGCAGUAUCUUCAUCGCCAUGAAACAUUUUGUAGCACAGCUUUUUUUUCUUUAGUUUGUUUCUUCAACUUUGUGUGACAGCUUACUUGAAGGUGUGUGCUGAAAGUUAAUAAAAAAAGUUUAGCUUAUAUAGUGAGAGUUAGGGGUAGUUUCUCUUUUGGGUUGUUUGUUUGAUUUGACAGCAAGUAUUGUGUACGAAGUGAAAGUGCUACAUAAGUUCAUUGCUUGUCGAAAGUGAAGGGUGAAAGUUUGAUGCAUAGUGUAUGUUUGUAUGUGUGUGUGUGUAUGAUCAUAUUUUUAGGCUUUUCAUGAUGGCAUGGAGGUCUUUAAUGUGUAAUUAUCCACUUCCAAUGAAACACCAUGAAUAUAACAAAUUCGUUCUUCAAAUCUGGAAUUCUUAUUUGAGUUCGCCACAUGUGCCAUCAACUGAGCACUUGUAAACAUGUGUUUUUUGACCGCUCAAAACAGGAAUUACCUGAGGUCCUGGAACAGAAAGUUAUUGUACCAGCUGGAACAGACCCCUCCUACUCAAGUACAGAGCGUUAGUUUGACCAUCAGUUACUUUUUUUUCUACUAUUCCUCCUCCCUCCUUUUUCCCCUUUCUCACACUCAAAGCUCAGCGUUAGCUCAAUCAAGAAACACUGAAAGCACAGAUGUGUGGCCCGUGUAAUGUCAAAUUGCAGUAUUCGUCUGGAGCAGUCAGUUUGCCGUGCAGUCAUUCGUUCUUGCUCUGCAUGAAGGCCUGGGAAUAGCUUGCUGCGAAAUUCAAUGGUGCAGCAUUUCACACUAUGGAGUGCAGUUUGCUUGACUGCAGUGUUGGUUGGCACUAAAAAGCUAGUUAGCACCUGCGUCUUCAAAAUGAAAGUGUCAUUUUCAGUAUCUCUUCGGCUUGCAACUCAACUGCUUUUGUUUCUUGAUAAUCGGUAGUUAAUGCAUUCUCUUCAGGCCUGUUAUUUAAUCCACAUGCAGAAGUAUUUGGUCAUGUCUAUGAAUCUGUUUCUCUUCCUUUACAACCUUAAAUAUUGAAGCGUCAAAUCAUUGUGCACCAUUAUGUACGUUUUAUUUCACUGAGCCUAGUGCUGUUGUUUAAGCUUUGUGUCUGCUAUUGUACAAGGAAUUCAAACUCAUGGUAUUAUAUAUAAAUAAAACUAAGCAAUCACCAA